AUGCCUGCUCGUCGUAAUCUCCAAAAGAGCCUGGUCUCGACCUUGCUCUGCGCUGGCAACCUUGCCUCUGCCGGCCUGGUCUAUGUCUCUUCCUACUCUCAGACGGUCACAACUCUCAACUACACCCAUGGCCAGAACACGGGCAUCCAGAAGCUGAGCCCCGUCUCGGUGUCCCAGAGCUGCUCUGACAACCCUUCGUGGCUGACUCUGGACUACACCGACGCCGUUCUGUACUGCAUCGACGAGGGCUUGAACACGCCCGGUGGUGCGCUGACGACCUUCAAGACUGCUUCUGAUGGCAGUCUGCAGAAGCUCGGCCAGAUCAGCACGCCCAAUGGCCCUGUCAGCGGCGUUGUGUUUGGCAACAACCGCCAUGGUCUGGCCGUGGCCCACUACGGUGGCUCAGCCUUUACGACAUGGGACGUUUCCGAUCCCACCAACUUGAAGCUGGUCCAGACCAUCAACUUCAAAUUGACCGGCCCUCCCACCGACCCCGACCGCCAGGACGCGCCUCACCCUCACGAGGCGGUUCUCGACCCCACGGGCAAGUUCCUGCUCGUCCCCGAUCUGGGCAUGGAUCUCAUCCACCUGUACUCGUUCGACCCGAAGAGCUUGAAGCUGACGAGCAUCACGCCCGUCAGUGUCAAGGCUGGCUCUGGUCCUCGCCACCUUGCCUUUGUCGUCAAGGGCAGCAAGACUUUUGCCUACCUCGUUACUGAGCUGGGCAACACCAUCAUUGGAUACGAAGUCACUUAUCCCAAGGGCAAGAUCCAGUUGACGGAGUUUUUCAGCAUUCCUUCACACGGCGCUGGCCCGGCUGAGCCCAGCAGCUACGCCGUGUCUGAGGUUGUCCUUUCUCCCGACACAAACUUCCUCAUCGUCUCCUCCCGCGCCGAAAACAGCUCCACCAUCCCCGACUUCGACAACCCUUCAAAGACCAUCCCCUCCGACCCGCUCAUCAACUUCAAGAUCGACCCCACCACCGGCGAGCUCGAGCUCCUCCAGGUCGUCCCCGCCGGCGGCCAGUUCCCGCGCCAGUUCUCCAUCAACCAGGAGGGCAACCUGCUCGCCGUGGGUCUGCAGGACGACGGCCGAGUCGUCUUUGUCGACCGCGACCCGGCGACUGGUCUGCUGGGCGGCUUUGUGGCGUAUGCUGAUAUUGCGGGCCAGAUUACCUCUGCGGUGUUUGACCAGGCCGAUAUUAAGCCAUAG